UCAGACCACCGAGUCCCCGUGGGAGGAAAUGGAAGCAGAGUUUUCUCCGCACUGCUGCAGGGGAUAGGGCAGCUGGAGAGCCAAUCAGCAGUCGCGCAGUGCUCUUUUAGCGCGACAUGAGUCGAUAGUGAGCAAACUGUCCUCAACAAACACCCAAAACUUCGCGGCGCGCGCAUAGAGGAUAUCUCCAAGCCCCAAAAUCGUGUCAAGCGACCUAAUCGCUCUCAUUAAAAGAAGGCGAACGGGGUGUCUCCCAUUCCGUUUCCUUCACAGCAUCUAGAGGAGAGCGGGUUGGUAUAGCGGGAGUCAGACGUCAUGUCAAUGUUGCCUUCCUUCGGGUUUACUCAGGAGCAAGUCGCGUGUGUGUGUGAGGUGCUGCAACAAGGGGGGAACCUUGAGCGUCUCGGCCGUUUUCUGUGGUCUCUUCCGGCCUGCGACCAUCUCCACAAGAACGAGAGCGUCCUCAAAGCCAAGGCUGUCGUCGCCUUCCACCGUGGAAACUUCAGGGAACUUUAUAAGAUACUAGAGAGUCACCAGUUCUCUCCUCACAACCACCCGAAGCUGCAGCAGCUGUGGCUUAAGGCCCAUUACGUUGAGGCCGAGAAGCUGAGGGGGCGACCGCUGGGAGCGGUGGGGAAAUAUCGGGUGCGAAGGAAAUUUCCUCUGCCACGCACAAUAUGGGACGGCGAGGAGACCAGCUACUGUUUUAAGGAGAAAUCCCGCGGUGUGCUGCGGGAGUGGUACACGCACAACCCCUAUCCAUCUCCUCGGGAAAAGAGGGAGCUGGCCGAGGCCACAGGGCUGACCACCACACAAGUGAGCAACUGGUUUAAAAACAGACGGCAGAGGGAUCGCGCAGCGGAGGCAAAAGAAAGAGAGAACAGCGAGAACAACAACACUGGCGCUAACAAACAGAACCAGCUGUCACCGCUGGACGGCGGGAAGUCCCUGAUGUCAAGCUCGGAGGACGAAUUCUCGCCCCCGCAGAGUCCUGACCAAAACUCCGUGCUCCUGCUCCAGGGUAACAUGAGCCACCCCGGCGCGUCCGCGUACUCCAUGACCGGCCUCGGCGCCGCACAGUCGGUGCACGGCAUGCAAGGACACCCACAUCAGCUUCAGGAUUCAUUACUGGGACCUUUAACUUCAAGCCUAGUGGACCUCGGUUCUUAAGUGAUUGCGACUGAGCUUUUAUUUAUUUUUGUUUAUUUUGUACCAAAAAUAGACUGAGAUCUGCCACUUUUACUGUAUAUAUAUAUAUAUAUAGGAGAGAAAAUGAACAGUAUAAGUAAAACUCCUUGCUAUUUCUCUGGUUUUCAGAGAAAUACUCAGUGGUACGCUUUACCGUGGUGGACUGACAUUUGCCAAGUCGUUAAACUGGUCAGAAGACAAACCAAAAGCAGUUAAUAAAACGAUUCUUUUCUUCAAACUAAUAAGACGUUCGUCUAGCAUUUCAUCAUUCUGUUUUGCACCAAUAAAAUCCUAUGAAUUAGUGGGAAA